CUAGAAUCCCUCAGCAUUCUGAGUCUUCCAGGUCCAAGGGGUCCAGCUCCCACCCAUCCUCCAGCAGGCCUCAUGUGGGUACUGGCACUAAUUGGGAUUUUCCUGGCUGUCACCAAGGCUUGUAUCUUUUGUCGGCUUCCAACGCAUGCCUUGCCAAGCCGCCUGGCUCAGCUCAGUAGCCAGAUGGAGAUGCGAUGGAAGGAAUGGGCUUCCCCAGACUUCUCAGCCUUUGCCUUAGAUGAGGUGACCAUGAAUAAAAUCACAGAGAAGACUCACAGAGUCCUGAGGGUCAUGGAGAUAAAAAGGUCCAUCUCCUCGCUUCCUUCAUAUUGGCAAUGGCUUCAGAAGACCAAGAUCCCACAGUACACCAGGGAAGCCCUCUGUGCUCCCGCCUGUUGGGGCAGCACGAUCCUGUACAACUGCUCUACCUGUGAGGGCAAGGAGUCGGCUUGUUGGCCCCGAAAGCUCUGCUUCCCAGGAAGUCACGAUCUGUGGGACGUUAGGAUUCUGCUCUUGUGUAUCUUUGGAAUUGUCCUGCUUUUGGGCGCUCUGAGCCUCCAGGUGGAGUACCGCCACCUGCAAGCAAAAGACUUGUGAAGAUGCUGACAACUUUCCCACUUCCGGCUCUAAGGAAUUUGUACCCACAAUUUCUACAUUUCUUAGGGUGGGGACGAGUCACUUUUUAGAUCCAGCCCCAAAGCCUCGGUUUUC